AUGGGAUCGUUUGGGGGGACAGAAAAGCCCGAGCAGCCACCUGGAAUAAUGCCGGGACAUGCAAAUUGCCGUGUGCCUUUGCGGCUAAAUAAUUUCAAAAACUCCCAUUGUCUGGCAUUUUAUCAAAUACCCAAGGCAAGACGUAUCCGGCGAGAAUAUGUACGUUUGUUCCAGAACUCCGAUAGCACAAGGAUUUGCUCUGCCCAUUGGGAUGGUGGUGAAAAGCGCAGUAGAACGCAUCUACCAUCUAUCUUUCCUUGGAGUAAAAAAACACGUGAACGACGAAUUCUAUACAGGUCAGAGGCAACCUCGAAUUCAAGAGCCAGGAAAAGAAACACUGACAUUUCUUGUACCGAAAUGGACGUUAAGGAUGACUCAGUAAAUGAAGUGUCAGUUGAAUAGAUUGACGUGGACACUCAAAGCAACAGUGUUUCACCGACUCUUUCCUUUUGUGAUGCUGAGAGGCAAACUGAAAUAACCGGAGAAUUUCUCGAUCGAUUGGAAUUUGAAUUAAAAUCGAUUGGCGAGGAAAAAGACAAAUUAGCAAACGAAAAAGACGAGUUGACUAGAGAUUCAAAGAGACUUCAGCAUGCACUGAAAAAUCCGAAGUUUGGCAUUUCAAAAUUUAAGGAAAAGGGUGAAGAUAUUGAAUUUUACACUGGCCUUCCACACUGGGAUGCACUUAUGCUUCUUUAUGUUACAUGA